AUGACCUCCUCGCCGCCAGCACUUGACAACAUGUUGCCGCUUGCGACGUCGGCGCCGUCCCAGCCGCCAGCACCGCCAACGACGUCGAUACUCAAAACGAAGACGAAGAAGAAGAAGCCAGGCCGCACGCCGAGUCUCAUUUGGCAGCUCCUGACAGACGAACCCGACCCGCAGCGGCGCAACUCAGCGUCCUGCAAGCACUGCAAGCACCAAGUGUUGUACUAUAAAAAGUCGGAGCAGGCGAUUCGCCAUUUGAAAAAGUGCCCCGAGUUCCAGGAGCUGCAGCACCAGUUCUCCUUUGUCCAUCAGUUUGCAGACGUGCUGCCAAUUUACAAUCAAAAGAUCAACGCCAAAGGUCCUAUGAAGAAACGUCUCAAGUCGGAGACGCCGAUGCAAUUGCAGCACAGUGGAGCACAGGCUCAAGCUCAAGUCCAAAUGGACGUGCAGCAAGCCUUGCAAGACCAGCUGCAGCACGUGCAUGGAUCAAUGACCUGUACGAGUGCUGCACUCAACCAAGCAGCCGUGCAACACGCGCAAGUGAUGAACCAAAUGGCGAUGCAACAGAGCAUGUCGGAGAGUCUGGUGGACGUUGGCAUGGCUCUGAAAGAUGAUUCGGUGGACAAACCGGAGACGGGAGUGAAAGACAGGAAUGGAAAGCACCCUCCGCUAUCGAGUACGCAGCUUGACAUGUUUGAAGAAGCCAUGGCUAUGCAUGCGUACGUGACAGGUAUCACCUUCGAGGCGUUUGAAGAUUCGCACUUGGCCCGAGCGAUGGCUCUCUUGCGGCCAAACGUUAAGUUGCCAGAGAAGAAAAAGCUAGAAGGAGAGCUGAUGAGUCGGUGCUAUGAGAAGAUGCAUAAACAGGUGUGGGGAUACCUCAGUGCUAGUUCUGCGCGAGUGUGCCUGAAGAGAGAUGCGUGGUCGAAUUUGAAUUUGUAUCACUCAUCCAACCCAGAAGACGCUUACGUGACGUACAUGGCGGUGAAUAAUGAAAAGAGGUUCUUUUUGGAGUCAGAAAAGGCUGCUGGAAAUGAAAAAAAGUUUAAUGCGAUCAUGAUCGCACAAGACAUAAAACGGAUGAUGCAGCCAAUUGUAAGCAACGUCAGUGGUGUGGUGACUGGUAGCACCGUGUAUCACUCGCGAGCAUGGGAUAUGCUGAAGGCAGAGUACCCGACUAAGUUUUUCUAUGGCUGCAUCUGUCACGCACUACAUCUUGCGAUCAUGGACAUAUUUGGUCCCGAGAAAUCACUCGACAAUGAUCCCAGGCGAGUUACACCACAAGUUCCUAUGGAUUUUCCGUUCCAAGACCUUGUUGAACUCAACAAGAACUGCAACGAAUUGUUGUUGUUCUUUAGUAGCUAUCAGUUUGCGCCCAAGCAUAAGACCUUCGACUCGCAGCUGCUUCACACUUUCAAGAAUUUCGCGAACGUGUCGCACAUAAUGUCGUGGGGCACACUUGCUGCACGAUUCCGAGUGUUAAUUCAGUUGGAAGAUGUGUUUCAGACCAUUGUAAGUGACCCUAAAUUUGUGGCGUCAGAGUCAUCGGAAAAUCAACGCGUCAUCCGUCAAAGCAUUAAGAAGUUUAUGCUGAGUAUUAACAGGAAGAUGACAUUGGAGAAGGCGAUCACAAUCCUUACACCUAUCGAGCUUAUACUGUAUAAGUUUCAGGACGAUCGUGCUCCUAUUUCGGAGGUCUACUUUGAGUCGAAACACCUGCUGACUGACUUUGAUGCAGUCUUUGGUCUGACGACAGUCGAACUGGAAUACAUCAAGAGGGUAGUCACGGAGAGGUGGCAGUAUGUGUUGAGCGAAGCUCAUGGUCUGGCAUUUUUGUUAGAUCCACGGUACAUCGGCAAGUCCAUGACGCGUGACUAUCGCGAGCAGAUUGAGGAGCUGAUCUUUAACUUUCCCGAGACAGACCAGGACACGGGCGUUAAUGAAGAACGGAGGCGAGCAAUGACAGCAGAGUAUGUUGAUUACGUGAGCUACGCUAAGAAUCAGCGCAACAACCGCACGUACAAGUGGGAGCUGCUUGAGAAGGGCAAUCGCUCACCGCUGCAAUUUUGGCAGAUGGACGCAGAAGAUUGGCCACACUUACGGUCGCUAGCGCUCGCGCUUUUUUCGCUGGCACCAAGCAGUGUUGGCUCUGAAAAAUCGCUGUGCGUAAACGUAUUGGCACAAUCCAGUCACCGCAACAAGUUCACCUUCGAAGAGAUGCGCCGCCUGGCUUUCAUUUGCAUAAACGACUCCCAAUUUCCAGGUGGUGAAGCACAGAACAAUACCGUGUCUGAUUUUGGCGUCGGGGACACCGCACUUUCGCCCGAUGGAAUGAUGAUGUGGAUGAUUUGA